UGUCCUUCUUCCUCCUAGACACGUUGUGCGCAGAAACGCCCGACGACUUCUUUUACAAGCUCAAAAAUGUCAUGCUUCACUUGGAGGGACUCUUUUUCUACGUGGAUGCAGAUAGUGAAGUGAGGCAGGAGUUCGGUGCCAAAGGGGUCGAGAUGGGUCGUGCCAUUCAUGACAGAGUGGGGAAGUCGUCUUCCGGCAAGCAGAGUAAGGACAAUAAAGAACACGGAGACGCAACCACCGAUGAUGAAGCUACGGACAGCCAUCAAGCCUAUUUGAGUGCGGUGUAUGGUGGUGGUGACACGACAGCGGCUAUCGAACGGAGAAAACAAGGGUCUAGGGAUACGGCAUCAGAUCCAGG